UCGGAGUACUGAGGGAAAAGAAGGGUACACAAACAAUUCAAGGUCUUGCCCUGGAUAUGCGUAUGCAUCUUCCAAAUAGACCAAUAAACACAAAUGAGACAGUUUUGGAAACCAAUGCAUUUGAAAGGAUGUGCAAUUUACAACUACUCAAUCUUAGUCAUGUACGACUGGAUGGAUGUUAUGCAAAUUUCCCUACAAGAUUAAGAUGGUUGUGUUGGCUUGAAUUUCCAUUGGAUUCUAUACCUGUUGAUCUUCCUUUGGAGUGUCUAAUUGUUCUUGAAAUGCAACAUAGUAGCUUAAGACAAGUCUGGAAAGGAACAAAAUUUCUUCCAUCGUUGAAGAUCCUUGACGUCAGCCAUUCCCAUGCUCUCAUUGAAAUCAUGGACUUCUCACUAUGCCCCAAUCUAGAAGAAUUGAUUCUUGUUGAUUGCACCAGCCUGAUUGAUGUUCAUGAAUCCAUUGGAAACCUGGAGAGACUCGUGUACUUGAAUGUGAAGGAUUGCAAGAAUCUUAAGUUGCUUCCGAAGAACAUGUGUUUGCUUAAUUCACUUGAAACACUCAUUUUAUCUGGUUGCUCAAAUCUUGAUGAGUUUCCAGUGGAGAUGAUGAAGAUGGAGUCUCUGAAAGUUCUUGAAAUAGAUGGAAUUCCAAUAGGUGAAUUAUGGCCAAAAAGAAGUUCAACUAUCUUGAGUUCUUUUCCAUGCUCCUUAGUAAAGUUGAUUCUCAGUAGGUGCAAUCUUUCUGAAGAUGCCUUUCCUACGGAUUUAAGUAAUCUAUCUUCAUUGCGAAAACUAAAGAUAGAUGAGAAUCCAAUUUGCAGUCUGCCAGGUUUCAUCAAAGGUUUGAGGAGGCUUGAUAAACUCUCUUUUUGUAAUUGUAAGAAGCUCGAAUCGCUUGUGGGGUUGCCGAGAGUACACACAAAAAGAUGUAUGUAACCGAUUGCAUAUCAUUGAAAAAAGUAACAUAUCAAUCGUUUGAGGGGCUCCAACUAGAGGCCUUUGUGAGAAACAACAAAAACACAGUUGAGUGGGAGUACCUUUUCAAGUUAGAGUCUAUUGAUAGAGUUGAUGUGGAGAUGAUCAAACUUUUGGGCUUGUGCAACUUGGGAUCCAUGCCACCCAUUACAAUGAACGCAUUUCCAUUCUCAAGCUAUGGUUCAAAAGUGAGUCCUAUCCAGGUGCGCCUCUCUCUCUCUCUCUCACUCACUCUCUCAUAAGUCAUAUAUAUAUAAUGGGAAAUAAAUGACUUAGUAAUGUUGUGAUGAUCAUGGAAAAUGCAUAGGGACUGUAUGAAUGUGGUAUAUUCAGCACAAGUUUUGUUGGGAAUGAGGUUCCAGGCCGGUUCAGCUAUAAAAGUACCAAGUCCUCCAUAUCUUUUAGUGUCCCUUUACUCCCUUCUAGUCACACAAUCCGAGGCUUGAACAUCUUUGCUACCUAUGCAAACAAGGAGAAUUCUAAAUAUAAUGAUGAUGGUAGUUAUAAACGUCCAAUGAUAAUCAAAGUGAGUAACAAGAGCAAGGGUCUGAAGUGGAUCUAUUGGCCAUUAUACUUUGGUAUCCCAGGUGACGGAGAAGAUAUGAUAUGGUUGAGUCAUUGGAAGAUGGAGAACGAAACAAUAUUACAAUGUGGAGAUCAAGUGGUGGUUUCAGUAGUGGCCGCACCAUAUGAGUUGUUUCGGAUAAAGGAGUUUGGUGUCGAGCUUAUGCAAGAGCACCAGAAUAAUAUGAUGAUAAGUACCCAACACAACACCAAAUCAGAUCCUAAUUAUCCAUGUGUCAUCGGUGGAG